AUGGUUGAACCAAAUGAUAAGAGAAGAAAAAUAGAAGAGAGUAAUGGUGGUACUAUAAAAGUUAAAGGUUCAAAGAUUUUUAAUCCUUUUAGAGUUCUUGGUAAUGUCACUGAUUCAACUCCAUUUUCAAUUGGUAAUUUAGGAUCUACUUUUUAUGCAGUUACUUCAAUUGGUAAAAGUUUUCAAAUUUAUGAUUUAAAUACAUUACACUUAUUAUUUGUAUCUCAAACUCAAACUCCAAGUAAAAUUACAUGUUUAAAUGCUCAUUUUCAUUAUGUUUAUGCUGCUUAUUCAAAUAAAAUUGGUAUUUAUAAAAGAGGUAGACUAGAACAUACAUUAACUUGUGAAACUCAGGGAAAUAUUUCUCAUAUGAUUGUGUUUGGUGAAUAUUUAAUUGCAACUUGUACUUUGGGAAAUAUAUUUGUAUUUAGAAAAAUUGAAGGUAUGAAAUAUCCAACUGAAUUAUAUACUGUUAUAAAAGUUGUAAAAAAUGUUGAUAUUAAUGGUGAAAUUGUGGGUUUAAUUCAUCCACCGACCUAUUUAAAUAAAAUUGUCGUUGUUACAACUUCUGGAUUGUUUAUUAUAAAUGUUAGAUCAAGAAAAUUGUUAUUUAAAUCUGAUAAUUUCCAAAAUGAAUCAUUAUCAUGCAUUGAAUCAGCACCAGUUUUAGAUGUAGUAGCAUUAGGAACAACAAAAGGAAAUAUAUUCUUAUAUAAUUUAAAAAAGGGUAAGAUAUUAGGUGAUGUCAUUAAAACUUCAGGUUCUGAAAAUGGUGAUAAAAUUACUUCAAUAAGUUUUAGAUCUGAUGGUACUCCUCAUUUAGUUGCAAGUUUAAAUUCUGGUGAUUUAUACUUUUAUGAUUUAAAUAAAAAAGCCAGAGUUCAUAUUUUAAGAUCUGCUCAUAAAGAAUCUUAUGGUGGUGUUUCAAAAGCUCAAUUUUUAAAUGGUCAGCCUAUUUUAUUAACAAAUGGUGGUGAUAAUCAUUUAAAAGAAUUUGUAUUUGAUCCAAAUUUAUCAACUUCAAAUUCAAGUAUAAUUGCUCCUCCAAGACAUUUAAGAUCAAGAGGUGGUCAUUCAGCUCCUCCAAUUGCUAUAAAUUUCCCCGAUGAAGAUAAAACUCAUUAUUUAUUAAGUGCCUCUAGAGAUCGUUCAUUUUGGUCAUUUUCAUUAAGAAAAGAUGCACAAGCUCAAGAAAUGUCACAAAGAUUACCAAAGACAAAAGAUGGUAAAAGACAAGCUGGACAAGUUUCUUCUAUAAAAGAAAAAUUCCCCGAAAUUUUAUCAAUUGCAAGUUCAAAUUCAAGAGAAGGUGAAUGGGAAAAUAUUGUAACUUGUCAUAAGGAUGAACCAUUUGCAAGAACAUGGAAUUCUACAACUAAAAAAGUUGGACGUCAUAAUUUACCAACUGUAGAUCAUGGAAUAUGUAAAUCUAUUUGUAUUUCACAAUGUGGUAAUUUUGCAUUGGUUGGUUCAAGUUUUGGAGGUAUUGGUUCUUAUAAUUUACAAUCUGGUUUAUUAAGAAAAAAAUAUAUGCUACAUAAAAAUACAUCAGUAACUGGAUUAGCAAUUGAUGGUAUGAAUAGAAAAAUGGUAAGUUGUGGAUUAGAUGGUAUUAUUGGUUUUUAUGAUUUUAGUAAAUCAAAAUAUGUAGGUAAAUUACAAUUAAAUUCACCAAUUACACAAAUGAUAUAUCAUAAACUGUCAGAUUUGAUAGCUUGUGCAUUGGAUGAUUUAUCAAUUGUAGUUGUAGAUGUUACAACUCAAAAAAUAGUCAGAGUUUUAUAUGGUCAUACAAAUCGAGUUUCUGGUCUUGAUUUUUCACCGGAUGGUAGAUGGAUAGUAUCUGUAAGUUUAGAUUCAACUUUAAGAACUUGGGAUUUACCUACUGGUGGUUGUAUAGAUGGUAUAAUAUUACCAACAGUAGCAACAAAUGUUAAAUUUUCUCCAUUGGGUGAUUUAUUAGCAACUACUCAUGUUUCAGGAAAUGGUAUUUCAUUAUGGACAAAUAAAUCACAAUUUAAACCUAUAAGUACGAGGCACAUAGAAGAAGAAGAAGAAUUUGCUAAUAUUUUAUUACCUAAUGCUUCAGGAGAUGGUGGGGCAACAUUAUUAGAUGGUGCAUUCGAUGAAGAAGAAAUUGAAUUGAAUACUGGUUCGUAUUUAUCAGUUGAUCAAAUUGAUAAAAAUUUAAUUACAUUAUCUUUGAAGUCUAGAGAUAAAUUUAAUACUUUAUUAUAUUUAGACAAUAUUAAACAAAGAAAUAAACCAAAAGAAGCAGUUAAAAAACCAGAAAAAGCUCCAUUUUUCUUACAAUUACAAGGUGAACAAGUUGGUGAUCGGGCAAUUGUAGCUGAAAAUGGAACAAAAGAAUUGGAAAAAGAUGAAGAAAUCAAUGAAAGUAGAUUAUUAAAAUUAAGUAAUGAUGGAAUAAAAUUACAAACUUUUGAAAGUGAAUUCACAAAAAGAUUAAGAGAAUCAAGUGAUUUGAAUGAUUAUUCCGAAUUUAUUAAUUAUUUAGUAAAUUUACCUCCUUCAAAAUUAGAUUUAGAGAUUAGAUCAUUGAAUACGAUCCCACCAUUGAAUGAAAUAACCAACUUUUUAAGAAGUCUUAAUUUUGCAUUGAGUACCAAAUGUAAUUUUGAAAUUAUACAAUCAUUAUUUACAAUGUUUUUAAGAAAUCAUGGUGAUAUAAUUCACCAAAAUGAAAAUGAAGUCGAAUUAAAUGAACAGAUUAAUCAAUACUUACAAUUGAACAAAUCAAUGAAUAACAAUCUUGAUGAGUUAACAAAAUAUUGUUCAAGUAUAAUUUCAUUAAUUGGUAAAUAG